CCCUGUAUUGAAGCCAGUUGAAUCAACAGUCAGCGUCGGGGUUUAGAACCAAACACAACCCAGUCGGUAAGGGUUUUAGCCAGCUCAGUCGUCGCCCCGCCACUAACCCAACGGCACAGCUCCAUCUUUUUUUCUUUUCUUUACUUCUCUCAAUAUUCAAAAUUUCUACUUCUAUAACCACGCAGCCCUUAAACAAAAUUUCCAAAACAAAAAAUGAUUACAAAACGAACUAGUUCAUGUUACAACUGGUUGAAAAGCAGAAGAAGAAGAAGAAGAAUUAGCACAUGUACAAUACAACUGGAGCCCUCGGCAGUUGUACAAUCAACCUCCAAUGACCACAAAUCACUUUGUCUUUCAUUAGCGGAACAAUUAAUUAAACGUGGGUUAGUACCAACAGCCCAAAAAGUCAUUCGCCGCAUCAUUGCUAAUUCUGCCUCUGUUUCUGAUGCUGUUUCGGUUGUUAAUUUUGCCAAUGUUCGUGGCGUGGACCUUGAUAUAGGUUGCUAUGGUGCUAUCAUAAAGAAAUUGAUAGAAUCUGGUCGAUACCAAUUGGCACUUUCGCUUUAUUGUCAAAAUAUUGUUGCUGCAGGUAUUGAUCCUGACCCAGCUGUUUUGAAUUAUAUGGUUAUUUGUUACUGUGAGAUAGGUGAAUUAGAGGAUGCAAUGAAACAUUUUGAUAGAAUUUUUUCGAUGGGUUCUCUUCCUGUUAAACCUGCUUGUAAUGCUAUUCUUAGAGAGUUAUAUGCGCAAGAAAAAUUUUUGGAGGCUUUUGAUUAUUUUGUUAGGAUUCAUGAUGCUGGUAUAAACAAGGGUUUUUCUUCUUAUAAUAUUUUGAUUGAUGGGUUGUGUUAUCAAGGGUAUUUAAAUGAAGCCAUGUGUUUGUUUGAUAUGAUUCGGAAAAGAGCAGGAUUGACACCUAGUCUUCAUUUAUAUAAGUCUUUGUUUUAUGGUCUUUGUAAAAGAGGGUGGGCUGUGGAGGCUGAGUCAUUGUUUGAAGAAAUGGAGUCACAGGGCUUCUUUGUAGAUAAGAUGAUGUAUACAUCUUUGAUGAAUGGGUAUAGUAAGGAUAGGAAGAUGAAAAUGGCGAUGCGAGUUUUUUUUAGAAUGCUCAAGACAGGUUGUGAGCCGGACAAUUAUUCUUGUAACACUUUAAUUCAUGGUUUUUUUACUAUGGGUUUGUUUGAUAAAGGAUGGGUAUUAUUCAACCAAAUGAUUGAGUGGGGAUUGCAUCCAAAUGCAGUGACCUAUCAUAUUAUGAUUAGUAAUUAUUGCAGGGAUCGGAAUGUAGAUUGUGCUUUGAUUCUUUUAAAUAACAUGGUAAGUCAAGGUGUAGCUCCCAAUGUGCACUGUUACACAGAUGUGAUUGCUUCUCUUUACAAGGAGAAUAGGCUGACAGAGAUAGAGGAAUUGUACAAAAACAUGCUGGAAAAUGGGGUUGUUCCUGACCAUGUGCUAUCCUUUAUCCUCAUGAAGAAGUCUCCUAAGGGUCAAGAGCUUCAGCUUGCCCUUAUGGUGUUGCAGGCAAUUGCCAAGAAUGGAUGUGGUAUUGAUCCUCUGGCUAUCUCAACCUACACUACUCUGAAUGCUACUGGGGAUUUGAAGAAAGCAAUUGAGCUUCUGAUUGGGGAAAUUGUGAAAAGCAACCUAAAUCUUGCUAAUGUGGCAUUUGGUAUCUAUAUCAGUGCCUUGUGUGAGGUUGGUGAAUCAGAUUGUGCUUUCCUUUGCAUGGAUAAAUUGGUUAGUCUUGGAUGCAGACCUUUGCUUUUUACUUAUAACUCUUUGAUCAAGUGCCUUUGCCAGGAGGGACUUUUUGAGGAUGCCAAUUCCUUAAUUGAACUUAUGCAAGACUCUGGUACAGCUCCAGAUACGGUUACUUAUUUGAUAAUGGUAUGUGAAUACUGUAAACAAGGAGAUAUAGCUUCAAGCUGUGAUGUUUUGGACCAAAUGGAUAUGAGAGGCCUGAAGCCUGGUGUUUCUAUCUAUGACAGAAUAAUUGGUUGUCUUUUCAGUGAAAAAAGGAUUGUCGAAGCAGAAAAUAUGUUCAAGAGAAUGCUGGAGGCAGGUGUGGUUCCUGAUGAGGUUGUCUAUAUGACAAUGAUCAAUGGAUACUCCAAAAAUGGAAAAGCUCUUGAAGCUCGCCAGUUGUUUGAGAAAAUGAUAGAGAGUUCAAUCCAACCAAGUUCUUAUUCUUACACUUCCCUGAUCAGUGGACUGGUGAAGAAAGGUAUGAUAGACAAGGGAUGCAUGUACCUUGAUAGGAUGUUAGGAGAUGGGCUUGUGCCAAAUGUUGUGCUCUAUACCUCUCUUAUCAAUCAUUUUUUAAGGAGUGGGGACUUUGAAUUUGCCUUUAGACUAGUUGAUUUGGUGGAUAGAAACCAGAUAGGAAGUGAUUUGAUCAUGUAUAUUACUUUGGUCAGUGGUGUUUGUAGACAUAUGACUGGUAGAAAAAGAUUCUUUGAUGUUGACAGAGGAGCUGAAAAUGCUAGGGAAAGGUUGUGUGAGUUGCUCAAUCAGAGAACUUCACCCCUGAGGAAAAACAAUUUAAAAAUUUGUGUUGAUUCUCCUGAAGGAAUGAAAUCUUUUGCACUGAAGCUCAUGAGGAAAGUUAAAGAAAUUCAGUUUAUGCCAAACUUGUACCUCUAUAAUGGUAUAAUUUCUGGAUUCUGUGGGGCAGGUAGGAUUCAGGAUGCACAUGAUCAUUUGGAGAUGAUGCAAAGGGAAGGUUUAUGUCCCAAUCAGGUGACUUAUACUAUUCUCAUUGAUGGGCAUAUCAGAGCUGGUGAAAUUGAUUGUGCCAUUGGGUUGUUCAAUAAGAUGAAUGUAGAUGGUUGUGUUCCUGAUAGAAUCACAUAUAAAACUUUGCUAAAAGGUCUUUGCCAGGCGGGUAGAUUUCCUGAUGCAUUGUCAAUAUUAUAUACGAUGCAUAAGAGGGGAUUCUUCCCUAGUAAGGCUUCUUAUGAAUAUAUACUCAAAUUUCUUUGUUCUAGUUGUUUGAGCAUUCCUGCCUUCAAAAUGUUUGAAGAAAUGAUUGCCCAUGGUUAUGUACCUCGUCCAUAUUGUUACAACUGGUUGCUUUACAUCCUAUGUGAAGAAAAACAAUUGCCUGAAGCCCGUGUGGUGCUUGAUAGGAUGUAUGAAACAGGGAAGCUUUGUUACAAAUCAAUGGAGAGGCUUUUGGGGUAAACAUUUCACAGGCAAAGAGAACUUCUCUUUUUAUGGGCAGAGUAUAUAUUUUGUUGUCUAGUGGGGAAGACAUUUCCUUGGGAAUUGGUAGGUCUUUUGCACACCCUUUUUCAGCCACACUAAAGAUUUCCAUGGGUUGCAGCUGCUAACCAUCAGGUACUCGAUUUUGUAAUUAUUGCAAUUUUCCUGCUGAGUCAAUUCUAAAAGUUGGCCUUUUUGGUUGAAAAUAAGAUUCGAUCACCAUUUUUUCAAGCACUCAAGUAGAACUGGGUAAGUAAGAUCUUUAGUUUCUUUACACUUCUUGUUGAAUUUGGCUUUGAUAUUCAUCUUCCAGGGGUUUAUUGCUUAGCAGAAGCUUUUGUUUUGUGUGGUUCAAGGUGCAUUUGAAACCAAUGACAAUGGAAUUUGCUCUAUGGAUGUAUUAACUAACUCAGAUGGUACAAUUUUUGUUGCUAGCCCUGAGAUUUAACUGGCACUAGUAGAAGCAUAAUUUUCACUUAUUCAAGGAGUGUGGUUUUUGAUUCUCAUGAGCAUCAGAUUAGUUGAUGAUAAUUAUGAAUUAACAGGCUUUAUCAUUUCAAUUUGCUUUGGGGUUUUCUGUUAGGGUUUGUUUAUUUCAUUGCAGGUUGUCAUUCAAUUUAUAGAUUGGCUUGCAGUUUAUAUCAACAACAAAGGAGGAGGAUCCCAAUACGAAGCAAUUUCAUCCGCUUCCAUUGGUUUAUCAUCUCUUGUAAUAGGGGAAUUAGGUUGCUUAUCAAAUCCUUUCUUUCUCUUAAAGUCACUUUGUAAUUGCACCCACUGUAAUAAUUGAUCAUUAUAAUGUGCUUUAGGUUGAAGGCAAAGCUGACUUCUUUAUCGUUGUGUGUUUAAAUUUAAUAAAGGGACACAGCUUCUGGUUUGCUGCCUUCUUUCUUUCUAACUCUCUCCAAAUUUUCACUGGCUGUUGGGCUUUGCUUCGAUUAUUCAACCGAGCAACACAGACAUCAUUAGUUGAAAUGCAGAAUGAUUCAUCAGCUCUUUCAGGUUUCCAUUAGGUACUUGUAGUUAUAGAUUGAGAGGUUUGAAGAGAUUGACCAAAAAUAUUGAGAAGGGAAACUGUGAUGUAGAGGCAAUCAUAUCUGCUGCUGUGAGGAAGAAUAUUAAGAAGGCACUUGCCCAAAAAAAAUAAAUAAAUUAAGAAGCGCAAAAUAACACUGUUUUGGCAGCUUAGAGCUUUUAAGUGAAGAUAUAUGCCUGUUUCAUUUUCACGAGCCUGCAUGCGCUGUUGCGAUGGUGAGGAUCAUUUACACUCCGUUUUGCUUUGAAACUUUGUGCUUGUAUUUACUUAGUGAGCAAUGCUAUGUGCACUAAAAUAAGUAUCAAAUUCGAUAUCAAUAAUGAUAUGUUAUCAUGUGAUUGCGUGUUACUUUAUCCUUAACUUAAAAUUAAUUAAUUACAUAGUGACAUAUUAUUAUUAGUACUUAAUUUGGUAUUCAUUUUAAGUGUAUAUAAUUUUAUUGUUAUUUAGUUGUAUUAAAGUUGACAAAUGAAGAAUGUUUCUUUUUCUUUGAACAGAUUUUCAGCAUACUAUUUAAUCUGCUUUCUAUGUUCUAAUUUGUUCUUAGACAAACUUUGAUCGAGCUUUUAGUUUUUGAAAUUUUGUAUUAUUUUGCUUCAUUAUACGCUGUGAGAGGUUUUUUAUGCCUCCCCGGGAACUUCAAAUGCAAAGACUGCAAGAAAUUCCAGAUGAGCAUAUACUGAUUUUUACUAAAUUUGGGGUAUUGUUUCUUCACCUUAUUUUGGUAAGAUUUAUUGGUUUAUAUAUUUAUGCAUUCUAGAUCUGACCUACAUGAUGAUCAAUUAAUUAUAAAGUUUUUAGUCAUUAGUUUCGUUCCAAUAAACAAGAAAUUUUGUAAAUAGAACCUGUCACAGUUUGUUUUCUGAUGUAUGUACAUAAUAAGUUAAUGGAGCUGUGUUUUAUUUAUUAAUGUAAUCGUGUGAAUAUGUAGAAUGUAUUGAAGUGAUCAUAAACAUGAUUAUUAAUAUUGUACAAAGGCUUCAUAUAAGGGUGUAUUGAAAAUUUGUAUGAUUUGGUGGGCAUAUCAUCCAUGAUACAUAGUUUGAUUGAGAAGCUGUCUGUACUUUUAAAACUUUUACGAAGUUUGUCUUGUGAUUACCUUUAUAUUUGAUGAUGAAGAACAUAUUUUUUUGCAUAUAGCACUUGCUGGUAUUAGGCGUAUCAAUCUGGAAGAUCUGAGAUGGAGAGUUUUCGAUGCUGAAGGCCAGAUUGGACAUGUUACACAUUUUCUUUUCGUAUCCUGUUGUUUCUUAGGGAAUAUUGGACUAGUUAAUCUGAAUAUCAAUUGUUUUCAUAGGAAGAUUCAUAUUACACUAUUUCUUUUUGCUGGACUAGUUAAGCAAUCACCCAUGCAACCUUUUCGUUCUGGGUUCUGCUUUUGAGCUGAGAUGUUGUGAUUGCACACUCAUUACCCGUUCCAUGGUGAGUCAUAGCCAUAGCUGACGAAAGUCGUUCUUUUAUUAGAACAAAUUUUGUAGGGCUUAUUUUCA